AUUCCUCCUAGUUGGUGCUCCACUGCAUACCUUUUCUCAGUGUUUUUACAUGAAGUGUUGUAUUUGCAUCAAUUAAGCGCGAUGUGUUGACAAUUGGUGCCAUAGCUUAAGAUAACUGGUUAAGGGAAAAUAUGCGGUACUUUUUUUUUGCAGUGUGUGUUUCCCAGUACAGGACUUGGGGAGAGGGCCGGGAGGCCGGUGUAAGAGAAAACUAACCAGGUUGAAGGGAGGUCCAUGUUGGGAAGCUGGACCCCACUACAUUGGUUUGCAAAUUUGAAAUCGCACAUCUCAAGAUUUAAAAAGCGCUAGCCGUACGUUACCAAGUGUGAGCGCAGUACUGUGGCAUACAGGUCAGGACGUCGCUGCAGUUUAUGUGGAAGGCAGUAGCCUCGCGCUUUUGCGACACCGCCGGUAUAGUUUGCUGAGGCACUCAUCCCUACUGGCACUGCCAUGCUCUCUAAACAUUACGUUAGCUAGCUCAGCAUUUGCUCAUUGUGCGUCUGUGCUAUCUAGCUUGCUAAUUAUAGAAGAAAUAGCAAACAAAUGCACGCCUUAUUUUGACGAUAUCCCCAUACUGUCCCUCGAGGUGCAUUUAAACCCUGCAGGAUUUAGCAUUAGAAGACUCCUUAUCGAGAGCGAGUAUGGGGCGUUGUGGAUUUAACCAACUUUGCUAGCUAGCUAAGUUAGCUAGCUGCCUGAGAAGCUUGCUCUGGACUGCGGACGUCUGUUGUAAGUUUCAUUGAAGCUGGUUAGAUUUUUCCUUGUUACAGCUCACGUAUUAUUAACAGAGGGGGUUCGCGUGUUGGGCUUGUUUACUUGAUUUAUGUUGGUCUAAAUGUUGUCAACGGAUAUAGCUAGCUAGUUAAGUAGCCCGGGUCAAGCUCGUGCACCCUAAUGAAGGAGUACAAAGUGGUUGUGUUAGGAAGCGGCGGUGUCGGCAAGUCCGCGCUGACCGUCCAGUUUGUCACGGGCACAUUCAUUGAAAAAUAUGACCCAACAAUUGAAGACUUCUAUCGGAAAGAGAUCGAAGUGGACUCGUCGCCGUCCGUGCUUGAGAUCCUUGACACGGCAGGGACAGAACAGUUUGCCUCCAUGAGAGAUCUCUACAUCAAGAAUGGCCAGGGAUUCAUCCUUGUCUACAGUCUCGUGAACCAACAGUCUUUUCAGGACAUCAGACCAAUGAGAGACCAGAUAGUGCGUGUGAAGCGCUUUGAAAAGGUGCCUCUGAUCCUGGUUGGGAACAAAGUGGACCUGGAGUCAGAACGGGAGGUGGCUGGGUCAGACGGCCGGGCCCUGGCCCAAGAAUGGGGCUGCCCCUUCAUCGAGACUUCUGCCAAGAGCAAGACCAUGGUGGAUGAGCUGUUCGCUGAGAUAGUCCGGCAGAUGAACUAUGCCACGCUGCCAGAGAAGCAGGAGCAGUGCUGCACUGCCUGUGUGGUGCAGUGAGGGACUGAGGCGAGGGGAAGGGUACCAUCCUCCCCACACCUCGUUCUCAGAUGCAUUUGGCAGGAUUUCUACCACCAGUUCCUGCUUUGAUACCCUUUGACCCCCAGUGAUCACUCCAGCUCCACCACACUGACCGACUCAGCUGGCAGUGUCACCUGAAGGCCUGUUUGAAAUAUGUUCACAAUGAGCCAUCUGAUGGGUUUGGAGUCUUCUAAUCAUGUCUUGAGCAGAGUUUUGAUACGUGUACUGUGGAGCACAUGAUUCAGCAGACUGACUGGCCUUCAUCCAGGGGCGGAUAGUCAUUGCCUAAAGACAGACUUAUGGAAAUGGGGUAGACGGGCUGUUAAUCGAUUUAUAUUUUCAUCUAGGGGUUGAAAAUGCUGGAGUCUGCUUGGAGUGCAGCGUCCCCUCAAAGCUGCUCAAUCAUUAUAUCCCUGAGUCUACUUUUUACUUGUAUCAUUUAAUUGAACACAUCUGAUAUCUAAUUUUAAGUGAUAACAGCUGUUAUGCAGGUUGGAGGCUAGAGGCCAGAAUUAUAUCAAAACACAUGACUGUUGUGGUUUACUAGCUGAUACAGGUCAGCCAUAAUAUAUGUUGAGAUGACAGUAGCACACAUGCAUGUUGUUAGACUGCUGCAGUGUGGUUUUUAACUACAGGGCAAACAAGUUAUAUCAUGCAAAUACUGUUUUUAGAUGACAAUGUGGUUUGAUCAAAUUCUGGCCCAGGGUGAUUUUAACUGACUUUAACAUUGUGAUAUUUUUAUUGCAUUUGCUUUUCUCAUAUUUAUUAAAAUCUCUAAUUACAAUGUUAGCCAAUUAUCGCUUUAUUUUAUACUGGCUUUUGGUUUUGCUUUUGUGACAUUUCAGUAUGUUGUUUCUGAAGUUAUGAAUUAACAGAGCCUUAAUAAUUUCAGUCUUA